AUGGCGCGAGGAAAGCACUCACCGCUUCGCCCCGUCGCUCCCUGCUCUCGCGUCGGAUCCACACUGGUUCUCCUCCGCGUGAGAAGAGCGGCGGACGCCCGGGGGGAAGGAAGGGAAGGCGAGGGGCAGAUGUGGCAGAUGUGGCAGAUGUGGACUGAGGACUCGAGGAUGCUUUUUGGGGCCCCGGGACUUUUCAGGGAUCUGGGCUCCAAAAUUAAAUCUUAG